GUGUGUGUGUUUUCAUUUUCGUUUUUUUGUGAAUGAGUAUCGAAAGUUGAACAAGCUGAGAACAGCACGUUCCUUUAUCUUAAUUUUCCUUAGUUUUUUAUUAUAACAAAAAAAUUCAUAAAACUAAUUUAAGACAAACAAAAGUACACAUAUAUAAAUAGUAAAGUGAUAAACUCGAUAUUGCAGUUGAAAGAAAAUUGAAAAAACGCAAACAUGUUGAGUGAAAUUGCGAAGAACACCAAAUUGGAAAAGGUAAUUAUCAGCACGGGCAACAUACUAAAUGUGGACAGUGCUACACCGUUGAGAAAAUCCAAUGAAGAACUAUUGGAUUCAUUGAAACUAUGCACAGAAUGUCAGAAGGCGGCUGAAACACAAAACGCCAACGAGCAGGCAGCGGCGCCAGGUGGUUGUGGCGAGACACAAGUGGUAUGUCACGAAACUGAAGCUCAAGUGCUAAGAGCCAAUCGAGAGCUACAAGAGAGAAUCAAAGAAUAUGCUCGCAAUGAAAUAAGUAUUGGUGUGAAAUUGUUUCUAAACAAAUCCUCUAAACAGGGUGUAGAGGAGGCUGUCAAUGCUUUAAUGCAUAUUUUGCAAGUGGAACAUGUGGACAACUUGGUGCUAGCCUAUCACCCUUUGGAAACGGCAUCUAAGGUUUUGCCCGAGACUCCGGAUGUGACCAGUGCUGUUUCGUAUACGGGUGACUUGAAGUGGAGCAAACGCAAUGAGAAAAGUUUGGAUGUACUUAAGGAGUUGUGGCAAGUCUUAGAAGAAUUCAAUGAAAAGAAACAAAUUUGCCAAUUGGGCAUUGCCGAUUUGGACUGUGAUGCUUUGACAGAGCUGCAUAAAAACGCUAGAGUGCCUCCUACUAUUAAUCAAAUAAAUUUAGCUAAUUGUUGUGUGGUGCCACCAGAGCUUAAGGAAUUCUGCACUCAACAUGACAUACAACUGCUGACUCAUGGUGAUCCAGAGAUUCUUAUAAACGACGAGAAUUUCAUCAUACCCCAUUACACGGUAGAUUGGUCAUUGCGCUAUCAAAUUCAUGUACGCUGUCGUGGGGUACUCACUGCCAAGGGUUACAUUCUACAGGCCUCAAAAUUGCCUCAAGAUUCCACAGCAAGAGAGUGAAUUGCUCUCUGCUAGUGAAUGGGACAAAACAAGAUCUUUUGGGUUUUCUUCUUUUUUUAUUUAUAUAAAAAAUAUAUACAAAUAGUUCAAAACUUUUAAAUCAAAAUUAAACAAAAUGAAAAACUGUCUAUGUUGCAUUUUUAUGGGAAAACAAAACGUAAACAAUUUGUGAACAUUUUUAAGAGAUUUGUCAUCGGAAAGAAAAGAGAAUGAAUGCUUUUCCCAAGGCUUUUCAUCCUGAGUAUGGUUCUCUGAACUCAUCUCUUAAACAAUUUUUUUAAUUAUAUUAUAUAUUAACGGUACUCUUAGUAAUUGUUAUAUUUUUUGAUAAACUAUUCUUUAUUCUUGUAACAAAAAUAUUGUCACUACUACUUUCCAUUUUUGAUUUUUUCCUUAGAAUUUAAUUUAAACAAAGUUGCUUAAUUGUAUUUUUAAAUUUUAUUUUAAAAUUAAAUAGCAAACAAAACAAACCUAAUAAAUCAAAUGCAAAAAAAAAAUAAAAUGAACAAUUACAGUUAUUUGAAAAAACACCUA